AUGAUGGAUUCUCUAAAAUAGUUUGGACAGCAAAUUUUAUAUUCGUAAAGCAAAGGCAAACAAUAAAUAAGUUAGGAAUAAGCUCUACUUUAAUCCAUAUUUUUAUCAUAAAAUCAAACUGUUCAAGAUAUUGUCUAACUUACAUAAAUAAACAACCAAAAUUCAAAAUAACUUAACAAUGAAGAUUUUGAAUUGAAAAGAAUGAAACUCAUGCUUAUUUUCUCAAAACAAUAAAAUUAAAAAUAAAAUGAUAUGCAAUAAUUACUACAUAAAAUCUAAAUGCUAGAUUCAUUUUAAAAAAUCAAAGUGUUUCAUAUGAAAUAAUCGAUGAUAAUAGAUAGCACUAAUUAAUCUUUUUAAUAUAAAAAUCUAAUUUACGAAUCUUUUUCAGAUGAAAACAAAUUUGUUUCUAAUGUGCUUAAAUAGAGAAAUAAUAAAGAUUUUAAAGAAGAGUACGAAUACAUAACUAUUCUAAAUAAUUCAUGA